AUGUCGUUGGUCCACCUAGAGGCGUCGGCCGAUGUCCGCUCGAUGGCGGGCGCGUGGCGGCGCGUCGCGGCGCGCUCGCGGAUUCUGCGCACGCUGCUACGCGACACUGCGCGGGCGCUGCACGACGUCUCCGAUGUCAUACCAUACGACCCCGAGAUAGCGACGAUCGUCCAAGAGAUCGGUACCGAGUCGUCCAGGCCGACGGCUCUCGUUAUACUGGGCACCACUCCCACGGCACGGGCCCGUCUCUUGCACUGCCUCUUGGGCAGGCGACUUCUGCCCGAGCCGAUGCCAAGAGGGUGCCGAUGGCUGCACAUCCAAUACGGAACGAGCACGCAGGUGCACCUGACCCUCGGCAAUUCGGAGUUCGAGUUCGUCGAGGAUCUGGAGUGCAACCAGAGACCCUGGGAGACUCUGCCCCUCCAGUCCCGAGACUAU